AUGAUUCGAAAUAUAUUAAUCCUUGCUUUGGCCUUCCUGGUCUUUUCAUUAUUCGUACGUGCAGACGAGCUUGAAGAAGAAAGCCCGCCCGCAGAAGAAGUAAUUUCCGAUGUCAUCUCAUUGACGGAAAAAACCUUCUCGACAAUAGUCGAUCCAGAGAACUUGAUAAUGGUGGAGUUUUUCGCUCCGUGGUGCGGGCAUUGUAAAGCGUUGGCGCCUGAAUAUGAAGUAGCCGCUACAACCCUAAAGAAAGAUGAAAUCAAGCUAGCCAAGGUUGACUGCACUGCUGAAACGAAGCUUUGUCAAUCGUUCGAUGUCGGAGGAUAUCCAACUAUAAAAAUAUUUAAAGAAGGAAAAGUUGCGGCUGAUUACGCCGGUCCCCGUAAAGCCGAUGCUAUCAUUUCGUAUAUGCGAAAACAACUAUUGCCCGCGGUUGCCGUAGUAACGCCCAGCAACUUCACCUCUUUCAAGGAAGCUGAAAAUGUGAUAAUCGUUGGAUUUUUCUCUGGCACAACUCAAGACGAAUUCAAUGUUUAUAGCAAGGUUGCUGAAGCAUUGCGUGACGAAUUCCGCUUUGGCGCAGCCGUUAACUCUAAGCUUGCUUCGGAAGAAGGUUUAACAACACUUCCUGCAGUCGUGGUCUACAAAAAAUUCGACGAGGGCAAGAACGUGUUCACUGGUCCAUUCACUGAAGAAGACUUGGCCAGCUUUGUCAGAACGAGUUCGAUAAAAGUAUUGGAUGAGAUUACUCCAGACAACUAUCCCUUGUACGUGGAUACGAAAGUACCUAUCGCUUUCUUCUUCUAUGACAAUCCGGAACAAAGAGAACAACUUUAUGAGCAAGCCGAACCUGUAGCUGGAGAAUUCAAGGGGAAGAUUAACUUUGUGUUUAUCAAUGCGACGGCAUAUGGAGGGCACGCCGAUAAUUUGAACUUGAAACAAACAUGGCCCGCGUUUGCUAUCAGUGAACCGGCGCAGGGGAACAAGUAUCCUUAUGAUCAAAGUAAAGAAAUAACGACAGAUGGCAUCAGAGAAUUUUGUUCUGCUUUUGUCAACUCAGAGAUUAAGCCGAGCAUUAAAAGUCAACCUAUUCCCGAGACUAACGACGAACCUGUGUACGUUCUUGUUGCUGACAAUUUUGAACAAACUGUUUAUGACACUGCCAAGGACGUUCUUGUCGAAUUCUACGCACCAUGGUGCGGCCAUUGCAAGAAACUGGCCCCAACUUACGACAAAGUAGGCGAAGCGUAUGCUCCGUUCAAGGAUAAGAUCGUUAUCGCCAAGAUGGAUGCCACGGAAAACGAUCUUCCUCCCCGCGUUCCUUUCAAAGUCAGUGGAUUCCCUACGAUCAAAUUAUUCAAAGCCGGCGAAGAGAAAGACAUUGUUGAUUUCCAAGGAAACAGAUCGUAUGAAAGUUUCAUAGAAUUUCUUGAUCAACAUGCUGUUAACAAAGUAACUGUAACAAAAGCAGAAGAAGAGCCACCGAAAGAGACCCCACCCGCUGAAACUGUGAGUGCACAUGAGGAGUUAUAA